CGCUUAUAGUCUCCCUACGAUGGAGAGAUCAAGAACCGCAUCAGCAUCGCAAUCAUGACAUCCACGACAACGACGACACCUGCUAGCAAUGGCGUCUCCGGCGCUGUUCCUCGCAGCAAAUUCAAUCCGACCUGGCACCACCGCCCCCGCUCCGAAUGGACGUGGCGCGAACGCCUCCUCGACGACAUGGGCAUCCUCCAAGACCAAUCGGGCUCCGCGCGUCCUCCUAUCCACAAGAUGACCGAUCCUGUCCCCGUAUGCUCGGUCUGGAAUCAGCACAGAUUCGUUGCACCUUGGGCCGUCGCUCCCAUCCUUGCGCACUUCGCCUUUACGCGCGCAACGGGCAUCAGCCUGCCAGCUUGGGCAGCGGGACCCCUCUACCUCGCCUGGUUUAUGGCCUACGGUAUGACGCUAUUCCACGCAUUUAGACGUAUGACCAAGAAGUACGGCUGCUUCGAUGGAGAGCAUACCCGCGAUGGCAUUCCAGACGACAAGACGGCGCGUGUGUCCAAUGAGCUCAUGGCCGUCGUGGCCGUGCGCACCGUCUUCGCGUUUACGGUAAUCUACCCGAACGACCAGACUAACCUGCUCACAUGGAACAAUGUUCUGGGCAUGCCACUGAGCCUGUUCGCCUACGCCUGCAUCAUUGACUUUUGGUUCUACGUGUACCACCGCAGCAUGCAUGAGGUUUCGUGGCUCUGGAAAUUCCACCGCACCCACCAUACUUCUAAACAUCCCUCAGCCGCAAUGGGCGCAUAUGCCGGCGCUGAACAGGAGAUUAUGGACAUCCUCGGAAUCCCCUUCCUGGCCUACCUCACCACAUGCGCUACGCCGUUCAAGAUCGACUUUGCUACGUGGUGGAUCUCGACGUGCUACACGCUAUUCAUCGAAGCUGGUGGCCACACUGGCAUCCGCGCUUACUUUACCAAUCCCACCGCCUGGCCUCUCAGCUUCAUUGGCUGCGAGCUUGCUCUCGAAGACCACGACUUGCACCACCGCAAAGGGUGGAAGAGCAGCGCCAAUUACGGCAAGCAGACGCGACUCUGGGACUCCCUCUUUGGCACUACCUGGGAGAGGAUCGAGGGGCAUGCGAGCAACAUCGAUUGGAGCAAGGACAUUCGGGUUGGGUGAAGCGUGGCGCAAGGAUUUCAUUGAAGUAAUAGCAUGGCAUGAUUACAUAUACGUCGUCGGGAGGGGUUCCUUCUCAGUCGUCGAGGGGC